UUCUGCAAGCUUUCACUUUAGAUGGUUGAAGGAAACUGAGGGCCUGGCUCUUCUGGGUGGGAGGGCUUGGUGGGGCCCCAGGGCCAGGGCCUCUGCAGAGGCUGCUACACCGGUGCCAGCUCUGCUUUGGUCUUCUGGGAGUCCACGGCCACCUGGAGUGUAGAUUCUUGGCCCAGCAGUGGACCUGGAAGUGGACUCUGCAGCUCUGAGGGCAGCUCUCGGUGGGUUCAAGCUUGGAGAGUGGAUUUGCCAAUUGCUGGGGUCUCGGUGACUCUGAAGUUUUUGGAGCUGCUGAAUUUAAAGACAAUGCAGGAAGUCACAGCUUUUCACAGCUGAGAAGAAAGAGUAGCAGGUGACACCCAGGUCACAGCUGGAGAGGACAGAGCAACUGACAACAGGAACAAGCAUGCCCUUCAUGCUCUGAGGACAUGGAGCACGGCUGCCGCCCCUCUCUGCUCUGCAGUCUCCCCUCCCUGCUUCUCCUCGCCCAGCUGCCCACGUGGGGCUCUGCAGAUGAUUUCCUGGUGAUGGGCCCCUCGGAUCCCAUUGUGGCCAUGUUGGAUGGUGAGGCUACCCUGCCCUGCUCCCUGGACCCAGCCAUGAAUGCAGAGCACAUGGAGCUGCGGUGGUUCCGUACCAAGUUCUCAGAAGCGGUGCUCAUCUAUCAGAAUGGCCGGGAGCAGCACGAGGAGCAGAUGCCCCAGUAUGCAGGGCGGACUUCGCUGGUGAGGGACCUCCUCACCCAAGGGCAGGCUGCCGUGCGCAUCCAGAAUGUCCGGGCUUCAGACAAUGGGAGGUACUCGUGCUUCUUCCAGAAGGGAGGCCACUAUGAAGAGGCCACUCUAGAACUCAAGGUGGCAGGCCUGGGCUCUGCCCCUCAAGUGCACAUUGAAGGGCCGGAGCAGGACGGGGUCCGCGUGGUGUGCAAGGCCUCGGGCUGGUUCCCGAAGCCCCAGGUGCAGUGGACAGACGUCAGCGGGAAGAAGUUCCUGGAGUUCUCUGAGGCCCAUGCCCAGGACACAGCAGGGCUGUUCAGCGUGGAGGCGGCUCUGGUGGUGAGAGACAGCUCUGCAGGGAGUGUGAGCUGCUCUGUCCUCAAUCCCAUCCUGGGCCAGGAGAAGGCGAUGGCCGUGUCCAUCCCAGAGCCCUUCUUCCCGCAGGCCUCUCCCUGGAAGGCAGCAUUCGCCGUGACCCUGAUCGUACUGGGGCUCCUGCUCUUUGGGGCUGGCUUCUUCACCAGGAGAGAGCACUCCGCAAAGGUGCAGGAGAGGCAGAAACAGCAGGAGCUGCACCAGGCUAAGGAGGAGGACCAGAGGGCAGAGGAGGAGGCACUGAAGGCCAGAGAUGAGCUCCAGGCAGAUCUAGGUUGGAGGAAGGCAGCUUACCUGGCUGCCUGGAGGAAGGCGCAGCUGUAUGCUGAUUGGCGAGAGGAACAGUUCCAGGCCUGGUCUGUCACUCUGGAUCCAGGCUCUGCCCAUAAGAACCUUGCUCUGACUCAUGGAAAGACAAGUGUGACCUGGAAGGACACCUGUGUUGUCUCAGAUGGCCGCUGCUCUGUGUUGGGCCUUGAGGGCAUCACGUGGGGAAGAUAUUACUGGGAGGUGGAUAUCAGGAAUGGAGUGGACAGCGAGUUUGCUCUGGGCGUCUGUAGGGAGCAUGUGAAAAGGACAGGCUUUUAUACAGAGUCCCCAGAUAAGGGGUUCUGGGUUGUGGGGUGUUUUAAUAAUGGGUAUAAUGCCUGUACUACUUCCAAUCCAACAUCUCUAUCCCUUAGGCAGCAUCCCAGCAGGGUGGGGAUUUUCCUGGACUAUGAUGGAAGGGACGUCUCCUUCUAUAACAUGACUGAUGGCUCCCACAUUUUCUCCUUCCCUCGAGCUUCUUUCGUUGGAACCCUCUUUCCAUACUUCAUGCUAAAGUCAGGAAAUGUGUCCCUGAGCAUCUGCUUAGUGGCACAUGAAUCUGAGGGGCUCCCUGUGCCUCCUAACAAUUCUUCCUUUGAGGAGCCUGUGAGGCACCAUCAGGAGGUUCUCAGCUCAGGCUCUGGAGUUGAUGGUGCUCCCCCUGGGGCUGAGUCUCCAUUGCUUCCUUGCACCACAUAGAACCCCUCACUGCCC